AUGGGUAGCAGCAGCAGCAUCAACCGGUUGUUGCUCCUGGGUGUGGCCUUCCAUCUCUUGUGCAUCUCCAGCAUCUUUGACAUCUACUUCCAGUCACCUAUCGAGUCAGGCAUCCCCAGUCUCAGCUACACCGAGUCGCCACCAGCCAAGCGCGUGAUUCUCUUCGCCCUCGAUGGCUGUCGCGUUGACAAGCUCUUUCAAGUUGUGGCGGGCAAAGCCGCACACUAUGAUCUCCAUGUCCAAGGUACUUCGACGAUAACCGAUAGCGAAGCUGCUGACGGUGGUGAUGUCCGUCCUCCUUUUCUUGGUCAGGUGAUGCGACAUCGGGGCAGUUGGGGGGUCUCCCAUAACCAUGUACCGACCGAAAGUCGACCUUGUCAUGUCGCCUUAACUGCAGGAAUGUACGAAGAUCCGCAUGCAGUGACGACGCAGUGGACGUCUCACCCCGUCCCUUUCGACUCGGUGUUCAACCAGAGCAGUACGUCCUUCAUCUAUGGCAAUCGGGAUGUUGUGCCCAUGCUGGCGAAAUAUGCCCCUCAAGCCACAGAAGAGCAUUACACUGCACGAGAAGAGAUGGACAUGGUCCGAAGAGAUGCGUCGCUCAUGGAUGAGUGGGUAUUUACCAAAGUGAAGGACUUGUUCGCUCGAGGCACGAAGUCCAGGGACCUCAACUUGUACACUCAAUUGCAUCAGAAGAAGCUUGUGCUCUAUUGCCAUUUCCUGAGCACGGACGUAGUGGGGCCGAUUGACGGGGCAGACUCGACCAAGUACUUGCAGAGCAUUGCAGUCGUGGACGGAUUGAUUGAGCAAAUACAGGAGCUGGUGGAAGAGUAUUAUGGACAGGAUGGGCAAACGGCGUAUGUGGUUACCGGAGACCAUGGAAUGGACCUUCGUGGUGAUCAUGGAGAUGAUGAGCCAGCAAUGACUCGGACGGCGCUAAUUGCGUGGGGUGCAGGUGUCCAGGGACCCGAAAUGGCCAGCUCUUUAACAACCACAGGGUUUGAUAUUGAGCUCCCGACACAAUCUCGAGCUGAGCUGCUCGAACGGUUGGAGUCUCAAGUGGUCGAGGAACGAGUAGCUGCGCGUGAAUGGAAGGCAGUGCUUGACUUGAAGCGCAAAGACGUGAUGCAGGUAGAUGUGGCAGCUCUCGUGAGUGCAUUGGCUGGACUCCCGUAUCCUCGCAACUCAGUAGGCAUGCUACCGUUCACGUACUUGAAGAAUAACAAGUACCGGGCACUUGCCAUGCGUGCCAAUGCCCAACAAUUGUACCAGCAUGCAUCGUGCAAGGAAGAGGUGACACGUGCUCAUCGAGGGAUAUUGUUUUUUCCUUAUACACCACUUCACUCGCGUGUACUCGAUCUAGAAGCUCGCACUGACGAGGCGAUUGGAAAUAUGAGCGAAGGGACAAGCGGCGCAAAACUUGACGACGCCCAUCGCGUCGUCGAGAUCAUGAGCCAAGAGAUGAUGGAUAUCUGCCAAAGAGCGAUUUCGUACUACCAGACGUACGACUGGAUGUUUCUGCGCGGCUCGAUCGUGUUCGGGUACAUCGGUUGGGUUGGGGUCAUGCUUGUUGGCUAUCUUCAUCCCAGUGCAUUUCGAGUCCGGCGGUUGUUUGCCCACACGGUUCGUGUCAAGUUUCUCGCUGCAGCGGCGGCGAUGAUAUGGUGGCGAUAUCUCGCCAACUCUCCACUUACGUACUAUUUGUACGGUUUGUGUCCUCUUGUGCUGUGGAAGUUUAUUUGGAGCCAUCGAGAGGAGCUUCAAGCAGGACUUCCCACUGGACGGAACUCAUGGUACCGCUGCAGUCUUCGAGUUGCUUCACUUUGUGCAUUUCUAGAGCUUGUCGCACUUGGCUAUAGACGUCGGGACAUGUUCACUUUGUUGUUCGUUCUGCUGGCAUUUUGGCCGAGGGUUGGAGUCGACAAAGUGCUUGAGAAGAGCAAUAGCUGCGAGUUGACCACACGCUCACAUGGAAAAAACUUCUUCUCGCCAAGCUUUUGUUGGUCAGCAAGUUGUCUUGUUCUCGCUGUUUUCCCCUGCUUGUCGAGCUUUUACACUGAGGACACGUCACUGGUCCACAUUGGCUCGUUACUGGUGCUCGCCCUCGCUUGCAUUAUGGAGUGGCGUGUAUCAGCAGGUCCCGUGUCCGGAUCUCAGUGGAAAGCGGUGCUGUCAGUACUUGUACGGGCUCUUCCCGUACUCCUGGCACUUGUAACGCUGCAGUGGACCACGAACUUCCUGGAUACCAAGACGAGACCACCCAGCAUCCUCUUCAUGGCCAACUGGACGUGUGCUGUCGCGCCACCGAUCUUGAUGCUCAUUGAAGCUACAUGCCGCAGCAAAACAGCACCAUUUCGGCUGGCAAAUGAGCAUGACCUCGAAGGUCAACCAUCCAGCAAAGACGCUGUCCGCGUGAUGCUCGUCCGGUUUACAAGGGUGACGGUAGCUUUCACACCUGCAUUUGCCUUGCUCAGCACCGCGCACGAGGUGCUGUUUUAUGUCGCGCUCUGCAGUGCCCUCAUCAGCUGGAUCAGGAUUGAAGCAGAAGAGACGCUCGUCAUUGGGGUGUCUCCAGCUCGUGAAGUCCAGCGAGCGCUAAUGCUUCUGCUGUUUGCUCAGUUGGCUUUCUUCGGCACCAACAGCGUCGCCAGCAUCACCUCGUUCAAGCUCUCGUCCAGCGGACGCUUUUCGACUGGCUCUGGCUCACAGGCUCUUGUGGUGCUGAAGCUUCUGAUCCCUCACGUUGUGGUCGGGAGCGCUUUUCGUCUCAUUCUGCUGCUCCCGUCCGGUUCAGUAGAGCAAGAGCGGCGCAAACGGCCGCAAUGGGUGGCUCGGUAUCAUCUCGUGGCCGUCUCUUGUGCCGACGCUCUGGCCGUGCACUUGCUCUUUCUUGUCACGAAUGAAGGGAGUUGGAAACAGAUGGGCAACUCCAUUGCCGACUUUUGCAUCGUCAAUGCCCAGAUCGUUCUUCUUCCGACGGUGGUGGGUCUCGCUCGGGUCUUCGUGGGUCGCGAUCUAGCGUCGAGCUGUGACGAAUGUGAUGAGGCAGUUGAAAUGAGCGAUGAAGACGGGAAAAAAGAUUGA